CAUUUGCUGCUCUUCCCUGUGAGCCAUCUGGGAGCCUCCGUCUGUCCUGCAGGGCUGUGUCCCAGGCCGGCUCAGGGGCAGCGGAGGCCGGAGGUGUAACCCUGGAGUACACACGCGCAGGGUUGCUGGCCUCAGCCCUUAGCUGCUGCUAGCCAGGCUGGCCUUCGCGGCCCCAGCAGCUGGCUGCUGCCAGGCCCCUGGGGCUGCGUUGGCUGACGGCCUGGGGAGUGCCAGGCCGGUGAGAGAGCGCGGGAGCGAUGUGCUGAGUCAGCAUGACUCGCCAGGAACAGCCGUGCUCUGGGGCGCACUGGGGUUAUUUUUAAAGCUCCCGGCUUCCUUCUAGGCUGGCCCCUCCCGCAUCCUCCUAAUCUCUCCCCUGGCCCCCUGGCCCCUUUUCUCGCCUCUGCCUCCCUGACAGCCUUCAGUUCCCCUUCCCCCUCGGGCCCUCCUGGCCUCCCACCUGGUUCCCUGGGGGCAGGGUGGACAGGGAGCAGCCCGAGCCAAGGCUGAAGGGUGGUUCUCGGGGCCAGAGUGCCUGCUUGCUGCGCCCCCCGGGUUAUGACGACCCCCAAUAAAGGAAACAAAGCCUUGAAGGUGAAGCGGGAGCCAGGCGAGAAUGGCACCAGCCUGACGGACGAGGAGCUGGUGACCAUGUCCGUGCGGGAGCUGAACCAGCACCUGCGGGGCCUGUCCAAGGAGGAGAUCAUCCAGCUGAAGCAGCGCCGGCGCACGCUCAAGAACCGCGGCUACGCCGCCAGCUGCCGCGUGAAGCGGGUGACCCAGAAGGAGGAGCUGGAGAAGCAGAAGGCGGAGCUGCAGCAGGAGGUGGAGAAGCUGGCCUCCGAGAACGCCAGCAUGAAGCUGGAGCUCGACGCCCUGCGCUCCAAGUACGAGGCCCUGCAGAACUUCGCCAGGACGGUGGCCCGAAGCCCCGUGGCACCGGCGCGGGGUCCCCUUGCUGCCAGCUUGGGGCCCCUCGUCCCCGGCAAGGUGGCCGCCACCAGCGUCAUCACAAUAGUCAAGUCCAAGACGGACGCCCGGUCGUAGGGACGUGCUCAGCCCGGCGGGUCUGCAAGGGGCCAGUAGGCGCGUGGCAGAUUCGGCAGCCCCGUCCCCUUCCUCCUCCCCGGCUCCCUCCUCUUGGCCUUCCGCCUCCUCCCUUCCCUCCUCCCUUCCCUGCAAAGCACAACCUGCAGCCCAGGGGCGCCGGGCUGAGCCCCUUUGAUCUCGUCGUUGUCAUCGUGUGUUUUGUACGUUGGGAUUGGUCAGUUCGGCGGUGACGUGGGCGGCCCCGCCCCCUCGGUACCUCGGGCAGGUGGGCUCGGCGUCCAGAGAGGGCCUGGGGGCCUGGACGGAGCGAAAGAUGGAGCCAGUGCUCUGGGGCAAGUGUGGCCCCAAGCGGGGAGGGCUUCAGGGCAGGAGGGGCUGCUCUCCAUUGCAGAGGGGGCCCCCGGGGGGCCCGACGGCGCGCCGCGGGGCAGGCAGGGCAGGUCCCUCUCAGCCGGGGCCAUUGCCGGCGCUGGGGGGGGGGGCCUGGGGCGUCGUGUGGCUGCGGGCCAGGGGCCUUGGGCGCCUGCCUGAGGCGUUGCACUGAACAAGACCAAAUCACUGGUUGUGAGCGUCCGUGAAGGGUGUGUCCAGUGUCCUGCAGUGGGUCCCCUGUCACUGUUUACAUGACCUAUUUGUGUGGUUACAUAGCCCUUUAUUUAAGAGAGAGAAGUUCCUUUUACGAAGUUAUUAAAUUAUAUGUUUAAAAGCUACAGAAGAAAAAAAGCUGCAGAGUAUUUAUAAAAUUGUCUUUUUAAAAAAAAAAAAAUCAAGCCAGAACGUUUGACCAUAGGCACGGAAAAGGGAAGAAAGCAUAAUAGAAACUUUGCUAGUUUAGAAAAAAGAGAAAAAAAAUCAACAAAAAAAAGUCCCUUUCUUGUAAACUUACGGACAAGUCUUUGUGGCUGUUGGAGUUUAGUUUUUAUAUACACAGAGUUAUCAGACGUUAUUUAUAAAACUUAGUUUAAAAAAAAGAAAAAAAAAAAGAGCCGAGCCGCGAGCGACCCGAAGGCGCGUCCUCACACGUCCUCUUUGCUGUCUCUCUUGCAAUUGUACCGAAAGUGACUUACUCCUCUGCCCUUCCUGCUUCCGUCUCUGCCGGUGCCGUGGUGUCGUGCGUGCCUGGUGCGGUCUUGUGCAGCGUCACGUGCUGGUGCUUCUGGUGACCUUUGACCUGUGGGUGUCCCUUCUUGUGUCUCUUCUCCCGUGUUCGUUUUUUGGAUCGGGUUGUGGUUUGGCUUCCGCUGGCUUGUCAGGCUCGGGCUGGGGUGCCGGCGUGCGCCUGCCGCACGGAGCGUGGAGUCCGGGCCCGGCCUCUUCUGCUUUGGCGCCCACCCCAAACCCCAGGGGGGUCAGGUGCGGGGGCUCUGCCAGCCCCACCCCCACCCCCACCCCCCGGCUGCCCCUUGGCUUCGCGUGUGUGUCUUGGGCUUGGGCUGAUGCAGCGGCAGGGGAGUUGAAACUGGGGGCCCUCCGGGCCGCCCCCCGCCCCCCGCCGCUGCUUCCUUGCUCACCGCCUCUGGCCCUGGGUGGAGCCUUUGCGGGGAUCAGGGAGUCGCUGUGCGUGUCGGCGGAGUCAGGGCCAAGCUGUCUUCCUUCUGGCCUCCGUUCGGCCUGUUCAGGCUCCAGCCGCUGACCCGAGGUGUGUUCCUGUGGGUUUCAUGUGAGCCUCAGCAGGGGAACCCCAGGGGCCCCUGCCCGCUCUUCCCAGAGCUGUUUCCAUGCUGCGGGGCGGUGCUUUCCAGGCAGAACCAGGUGGUUUGGGGGCCCACCUGGGGCAGCCCCUUCUCCUUGCCUGAGGGCCUGGGGGUCCCCACUAGUGCCAGACAAGGGCUCCGGUCUCCAGGGCCAGGUCCUGUCCCUCUCCCCGAGAACAUGCCGGCAGCUCUCGGCUUUGGGCCUUCUUCCACCUCUUUGGGAUCUGUGUCUUCCAGGGAUCCGCCGCUUGGCUUUGGAGGUGCUUCUCUGGGCUGAGCCUGCCUCCCCAUCCUGGCUCCACGGCGAGGCAGCCAGGCUCCCAGACGUGGUUCGGGCAGCCACUCGUAGGCACGUGAUGGGGCCGCUGGUGGUGCGGCGUCUGCCCCCAAGAGGCUGCUGCCCUGGCUCUGGCCACGUGGGGCUUGGCCUCUCCUGGGGUCACUGGUUGGCUUGUCUGGGGGCUCUGAACCCCUGAAAAAGCACAGAAGCGGGCUGGUGGAAAGACAAACCAUGCAGCCUGGAAGGGCUUAACCUCGUGGACAGCAGACUCUUCGUCCCAGAGUUUGACCCAGUGCGCCCGUGGGACCGGAGGAAGGAUGUGCUCGCAGCUUGUGGCGUCUGGACGGGCUGCUCUUGGCCCUGGACACGCUGUACCCAGGUUGGCCUGCAGUGGAGGUUUUGGCUGUUGACUGAAUCACUUAGUGACUUCCUUGGGCUCCCUGCAGUCUGGCUUUGUCUACUGAGGGCCUGGGCAAGAGUGGUUCAUGUUGGUUGUAGCAGCAACCAACUGGAAUCACGUUGUAAGAAUCCCUAAAGCGAGGCCAGGCCAUGCCCUGUGCUGGACGGGGCGGGUGGGGCGGGGAGAGGCUUUCCCUUGCCGAGGGUGGGCCUCACUCUUGUCCUGCCUGCGGGUGGUCGUCCAUCUCUGUGCACCCCUGCUGGGCUCUAGACCUGGAGAGAGGAGGGUCGGGGCGUGGGCGUAGGGGGACCAGACAUCGCACGUCCUUGGUUUGGUUCACAGAAGCUUCUGGAGGUGGGGAGGCUCUGCUUCCUUUGGAGGUUUUGGAAUUUGGAGCAACUGUCUCUUGGGUCUCGGGGAGCAUCCUGCCUCCACCAAGCCAGCCUCGGGGCCGCUCUGCCCCUUCUCUCCCUGACCUUGGUUCUUGACAGUCAAUCCUUUGUCCGUGUGUGACUGGUCUGUGUCUUUCUGAUUCUCGUUAAUUCAGUUUUCCUACUGUAAGCGUGUUGUGUUCUCUUUCUCUCCUCGACUUUUUGACGCAGCGAUUGAGGGCUUUGGCCGAGGCCGAGUCUCCCCACCUUGUCCGCUAAGUGAGCCGUAUCGUGCACCUUCCUUCACGCCUUUUGCCCUCGCCCAGCUCCUUCCUUCUCCUGACAUGGACACUCAGACUUGCAAGGAGAACCCUUGGGGAACAGGUCCUCUCCUGUCCCCAGCGUGGCCCCAGGGAGCCCACCCCAUGGCCCCUGGCUGCUGCUCCAGGCGGCGUGGCGUUUAUGCGGGCAAGAAGCUGCAGCUGCUCCGCGGCUGCGUGGCGGGCUGGUUGCUGCUGUGUGCGGGUCUCUCCGGAGGCUUUUCUACUCUUGGUCUGUGCCUCAGGUCUGGGCACAACCCUGACCGUCAGCAGCGGCCUUGAUAGUUGGUGCCCAGGCCCAUGGCUCUGAUCAGCUGCAGCGUGCUUUGGGACAGGUGGACAAACUCCACGCAGUCCCUGCCGCCUCCCCCCUCUGGGGUCGAGAGUUGGCUAAAGCUCCAGUCCACAGCUGGAAGCCACAGCCUGCAGCACUGUUUCCGCUCUGGGAUCUUGUAAGUUACUUUUUUAGGCUGUGGUUUGGUGAAAGGAACCAACCCAUUAACGAUUUUUUCCCCAGAAGCCACCGAAUAAUUCUUUUUGGCGCGUUCUCACCUUCCUCUUGGCUGUCUGGUUUUGGAGCAGAUGGGAAGAGGCAGGGGUGUGCCCUGGAGACGGAUGGCCUGCCCUGCUCUGGCCUGUGUGUCCUGAGCGUGUGCUCUACCUGUUGGGUCAGUUGCAUAUGUUUCCACCCCACCCUGGAGCAGCAGCCUUGGUACCGGGGUGUCCUUGGCGGGAGUCUGAGCUGGCGUGUAGGAGAGCCUGUCCGAGAUGAGUUGUGAGGGAGAUGCCUCUCAUGGCCUCGUGUCCCAGCCCCACCCUUCUCCCCAUCCCCUCAAUCUGCUAGUCCCUGAAGCCUUUAACCAAACGGGAGUGGGUAAAGAAAGCCUUCUCCUGGCAUCUUAGGGCGGCAGGACAAGGGCUGUCCAGUGUGUCCAGCUCUGCUGCUCUCCCGACACAGAGAGGGUGGGCCAAGCAGAGUUCAUCAGCCCCUGCCUGCUCUGCUGAAGGCUGCGGACAGGAGGGGGUGGGGGUACCCUGGGGUCUGCGGGGGGCGGGCGGGCGUUGUUGAAGAUCCAGGUGAGGAGGGGCCUCGCUGGGGCACCCGGGCUGACCUGGGGCGGAGCGGCCUCGCGCCGUCCCUGCCCUGUGCAGUAUUUAUUGCUAAAUUAUUGUCCAGGAGGGGCGGCACUGGGCCGGGCCCUGGGUAUUUAUUGCUGUACAUAGUGUAUGUUUGUGAUAUAUAAGGUUUUCUUUAUUUUGUAUAUGAUCAAUAAACACCUUUUAAACAGA